UAUCUAUUUCACAGUACAGGAGAAGAAUUCAACGCAGCCAGUGGUAUGUCGCAAACUGUUGGAAAGAUUUUGUGAAUGAAUUUAUUGCUGAUCAGAUUGUGCCACAUAAUUCAUUGCUGAUCAAACUGUACUUGUUGUUUCCACACCUUGGAACAUAGUGGAAGUGCGCCGUGAAAUGAUUAUCCGAUUAGCGAUUGAUUGGAUUUUAUCUGGAACCGAUUGGUAGUGGUGAUUUAAUGUGAGAGGCCGGAAGGCGUGUAUGUGAGUUUAAAGUGAAGCUAAACUUUCUCUGUGGAUUCGACAUUACUAAUUAAAUGAUAAAAUAAGUUCAAUUCUACGCAUUUUUUUCGUGGAAGGUUACGUGAAGUAGGAAAACGAACCGAACGUUGUGUUAAUACGUGAGUGAGAAAAGUGUAAUUUGGAUUUUCAACACGCAGACGAAAAAGUAAUCAUCCAAUUCCUUCUGCAGUGUCUGUGCAGUGUAAAAAAGAAGAAGAAAAAAACAAUAUAGGAAAGCAAAAGAAGCAGUGGGUUGGAGUAGAUUCAAAGUUGAACACCUUUCAGAUGGCUACGACGACGUAAACAUUGCAUGAAUAAUUGCGUUAAAUUUGGUAAUGGUUUUCUUUAACCCGCGAUAUCCCACUGCAAAAAACCUGGACAACACAAACACGCAAGGCAGGCGCCGGCAGUUCUCUAUCGGUGCGGUCAUGGGCUAAUAAGUGAAUCGACAUAUUUGCUCGAACAUUUUUCAUCGAGAGUAAGAAAAUAAACAUUUUCCUUCUCGUUUUACUCUCCUGAGCCUGCCAUGCCGGACACAAGAAUAUCAAGUUAGAAAAACGCACCAAACUAGCGCAAGGAAGUAGUGCCAGAGUCGUGGCUUCCGUACUUAGACGGCCGGGGGACUCGCAGAGCUCUCCAUCGGUUGCUUGCCGCCUAUUCAAACCAAUUAGAACUGAAAAAUGGCACAUUUCAAACCAGGUCGGACCCGAAUCGACACUGGUGUGAAUCGUCACUCAUCGGCAUCAUCGCAGCAAGCAACAGUAGUCAGCGGAACUAGCCAAGUGGAUGAAAAUCAUCAGAAGCAGGUACGGCUCCUCCUGGCACUGGUGGUAGUGAAAUAAGUGUUGAAGGAAACACACCGAAAGCGGUUGUUAUAUUUUCUUCAGGGUUCUGCUUGUGCUCUUGCUGUAGGUUCCCUUCGAGUGAUUUCCUUAUUUCGCAAUUGUGCUUGGUGUGGCACUCUUUGUAGUCAAUUCGUGAAAAUAUAAGCAUCGUAAAUGUGAAUGUGGAAGAAUACAGCUGAGCAAAGCGAGUUGAUAGUUAUGAGUGAGCAUGAAUAUAUAUUGAAGGAAAUAAAGUGUAAGCCGAAAGUGUAGCGCAAAGGAAAGGUGAAACAAAACAACAGCAAAAAAGCAAUUAACCGAAGUGCAUGUAGAAAACAGAAGAAAGAAGAUUGUGCAAGUAUUUCCCGCAAAGCGGAAAGUGCCGUAAGGAAGAAGACGAAGUUAAGUGUUCAAAGUGAGUGAGCGAUCUAUUUGACGGCGAACGAGCAAAACAGAUAUCGCGAAAAAUGUCUUUCCUAAACAACCUUAAAAAGGUCUUCCACCUUGGUGGUGGAGAGGCCAAAAAGAAACGCAUCUUCAACAACAUCCGGAUGGACACAGAUCCGAAUGAUUUCUGGGAUAUGAUAGGCGAACUGGGAGAUGGAGCGUUUGGGAAGGUGUACAAGGCCAUCAACAAGGAAACUAAACAGCUGGCUGCGGCCAAAAUGUGCACCCUCGAGGACGAGGAAAACUUGAGCGAUCAUAUGGUGGAAAUUGAUAUUCUGUCGGAAAUCAAGCACCCAAACAUCGUGGAGUUGUACGAGGCCUUCUCGAUCGAUGAUAAGUUGUGGAUGCUUAUCGAGUAUUGUGAUGGUGGUGCCUUAGAUAGUAUUAUGGUGGAGUUGGAGAAACCUUUGACUGAGCCCCAGAUUGCUUACGUUUGCAAGCACAUGGUUGCCGGUUUGUUUCACUUACACAAGAACAAGGUGAUACACCGUGAUUUGAAAGCCGGCAAUGUGUUGCUAACGAUGGACGGUGGCGUUAAGCUGGCGGAUUUCGGUGUUUCUGCGAAAAAUAAGCACACACUGCAGAAACAUGAUACCUUUAUCGGCACACCGUACUGGAUGGCCCCGGAGCUGGUGCUGUGUGAAACGUUUCGCGACAACCCGUAUGAUUUCAAGGUGGACAUUUGGUCUCUCGGUAUCACGUUGAUCGAGUUCGCCCAGAUGGAACCACCCAACAGUGAGAUGUCGCCCAUGCGAGUGUUGCUCAAAAUCCAGAAAAGUGAUCCACCGAAACUGGACCAACCAUCCAAGUGGUCUAAGAGUUUUAACGAAUUUCUCGCGAAGGCGUUAGUAAAGGAUCCCCAGCAGAGGCCUUCUACAGAUGUCUUAAUGGGUCUAUCAUUCAUCAGUGGGAAUCUAGAUUCAAAGCCGAUCAAGGAUCUAUUGCUGGAGUACAAGGCAGAUGUGGUCGAAGAAGAGUUGGUGGAUGAAGAGGCGGAGAAAGCUAAAAGACAGGCGAAGCGUAGAUCGCUUUAUCAGAGGGAACACCGCAGUUCUGCGCUCCCACUCGACUUGGACGAUGACUCAUCAUCGCUGCAAAGUCAAGAAACCUAUAAACUUCCAGAUACUCCCACGUCCUUAUCGAAAUCAUCCAGAGAUUCAAAAGAAUCGACACCUGUUCCUGCUGAAGAUGAUAGUAAUGCAAAACCGGCAGCACCUGGAGCAUCGACAGCAACUGCUACCACUUCGCCAGUGCAAACGCCAUCUGCUGUUCCAAAUUCAGCACCCAGUUCGAAACCAGCACCAUCUGCCGCACCAACCCCUCCAACCGUGGCAAGUGAUAGUAAUAGUAAUGUACAAAGUGAUGCUAAAAAAUCACCAACUUCGGUUCCUGCGCCAGUGUUACCAACAGCCAACGCACAUCGUUCCUCCAAAGAGGAGGUCGAACCUAAUGACAGUAUGGUUAACACAAGUGGUACUAGCAGUAGUAGCAGCAGUACUGAGGUUGAGAAGAAAGGCGUCAUUAAGAAGGAGAAAGGCCCUGCUCCUCCGCCACCGCAAAGUCCGUCAUCGCCAAGUAGUAGGAGCGCUUCGGCUAGCGUCGGGGUCAGUUCCACUGUUCAAACAUCUGUUCCUUCUACCCCUACGGAGAUGUCACAAACUCCGAUUAGCAGAGGCGUUGAUCGCCCUGAUAAUAUUGUGAUUUCAAAAACCCCUUCAUCACCCGUAACAAUAGAUCGACAAUUAAGUAGCGAUGAGUUGAUCAAGUCUCCCAAGAAAGAGCAUGCUCCUUCCCCACCGAGGCAACUUUCAAAAGAGAGUCCUUCUUCUUCUCCGCAUCCUUGUGACGAAACUGUCGCAGCAUCCAGCUCUGUAAGCCGAAGACUAACGUCAGAAGAAUUACACGUCGACGAGCCCGCAUCGCGAACUGAAUCACCUUAUCCCAAAGAACAACAACCAGUUAACACAACUGUUGCCAUUCCUAAACCAAUGCUUCCGUUUGAUGACGAACAGCAGCAGUAUUCUUAUCACUCCAUCCCUCCACCUCUCUUGCCGGACGAUGAUAUCCGAAUAACAUCGACACCGAACAAGCCGAGCAAUAAUAAUACGUCGAUGAUCACGAUCAAUAAUGACACCGUACUAGCGGAUCCGUCCAACAGUCUUGCCACUAACGUCAGCCAAAUCACCGUAGUCACUAGCCAUCCGCCAGUGAUAAUCGAUAAUUCAGUCCUUCCUUCCGGUUCCUCAUCGUCUGCUUCCUCCACGAAAUCAUUCGGAUCCUCCCAGCGAAGAUCGCGGGUCAUAUCAGCAAAGGGCAGCGACGAGGUGGUGAUUGUUUCCAAUGAGCUGAACAAAACCCAUGUCAACGAAUCGUCUACGGAUGACGAUUUUCAGUCGCUGGACAGUUUGGAGAAUCUUUCGCCCAAGUUCAAGAAACAGCAGCCUGGUGGGGGGCAGAUUGCACGUAAGCUGGACGAAAGUGAGGUGCUGAUCGUUAGUCCGAGUUAUAUCGGUGAAGAUCAGGAGGAGCAGCACGAACAGGAUGAUUUCAUUAACGAUGAGCUGUUUAUAGGUAAUAGUAAUAAUCAUAAUAACAGUAAAUUAUUGGACACUAGUCAUGUUUCGGUGGUCACCGUUGGUGAAGAGGAAAUCAAGGUUAAGGAUUCUUCACAUCACGCAAACCUAAUCAACAGCGGUAUCAGUCACCACCACCUACACCAACAACAGCAACCGCAUAUGUUGAAUCAUCAUCAUGAUUCCAUUAGUGACCUGUCGAACGUCAGCUGUGGUCCUAGCGAAUCCAGCGAUGACGUUAAGGUAAUGGAUGUCAUCCUAACCCAUCCGGGGGCUGGAACGACCAGUACUAGUAGUGUAAGUACGGGCAGUACGGUAACCACAGCAGGUGGUUUUGCUCAGCGGUCGCCCUCGGGAUCAUCGAUUUCAUCGCCGCUGCGAAGUGGUUCUAGCAAUAAGUUAAAUGGAGACUUCAACCGGAGUCGGGAAGAUGUCAGUAUCAUAGUGAAUAAGCGUAAGAUUGUAGAGAAGCAAAGGAUUUCGCCCGACAGUAGUGUCGGAUCGAUGGAUGGUGGCGGUUCGGUACGAUCGGCAAGUACACCAUUACAUCACCAUCAACCGCAGCCGCAGCAGAACGUAGCUGGGGGUAAACAUCUUGAUCGAAGUGAUGCUGAGAGCAUAGCCACCACAACUAGUCACGACAGCCGAGAACAGUCUGUAGAUGAAGAGGUACAGCUUCGUCGAAAACCGCCAGUGGUUGACAUUGAGGAGGACAAAGUCCCGCCCAUUGUUAGCAAUACUAGAACAAAACCUAGCCAACGAAACUUCAGCAAGGAGGAGAUUCAUCUUCAGAACCUUAAGAAAAAAACGCGCAAAAGAACGCGAAAAUUUGAGAUUGACGGCGUUCAAGUUACGACCACCACCAGUAAAGUUAUCUACAGUGAUGAAGAUAGCAACAAACUGUACGACGAUCACCUGUUCCGAAAGCAAGAACUGCGAGAACUUAAAAUGCUUCAGAAACAAGAGAAAAAGCAAUUUUACGAACUUCAGCAGAAGGAAGCGAUUGCCAAAGAGCAGCAGGAGAAGAAGUUCGAGCAGGAACGGUUACAGCUGGAGCGUACGUUUGAGGCUGAUAUGGAUGUGCUGGCACGCCAGCACCGGCAAACGGUGGAAAAGUACGAACAACAACAAGAGACUGAACUUAGGAAUACAUCGAAAAAGAUUCGUGCAGAACAGGAGCGUGAUUUAAAACUGUUCCGAGACAGCCUUAAGCAAGAAAUUCGACUGCUCAAGCAAGAAGUGGAUCUGCUACCAAAGGAGAAGCGAAAAGAUGAGUUCCGCAAACGGAAAACCGCAAUGGAACUCGAACAUGAGGAACGUGAAAAGAGUUUCCUGACCACUUUGUCAGAGAACCACGAGCUAGCCUUGCGGAGGAUCAGUGAAAUAUAUCGGGAAAAAUUGUCCGCAGCCGAUAAGGGUUAUCUGCAGCAGAAACAGACGGCUAUGCGAACUCGUGAAGCUAUGCUCUGGGAGCUAGAAGAAAAACACAUCCACGAUAAACAUCAGUUGGCGAAACGGCACGUGAAAGAUAUUUGCUUUAUGCAGCGGCAUCAGAUGAUCAUUCGUCACGAGAAAGAGUUGGAUCAAAUCAAAAGAAUGAUUUCCCGAAAAGAGGAAGAGUUGUUGAAACGACAGACCAUUGAAAAACGUGCCCUGCCAAAGCGGAUUCGAGCCGAGCGGAAGGCUCGUGACAUGAUGUUCCGUGAGUCGUUACGAAUUUCGAUGACCACUGAUCCUGAGCUGGAGCGGGAAAAAUUGAAGAAGUUCCAAGAGCAGGAGAAAAAACGCUAUAAUCAAGAGCAAAUACGUUUCGAAACCAAGCACAGCAAACAGUUGGAAGAAUUGCGAGCUACCUCAGAUGGUUCCAUAAGGGAGCUUGAACAGUUGCAGAAUGAAAAACGCAAGCAACUACUGGAGCAUGAGACGGCAAAAUUGCGCGAAUGUGACGAAGCACUGCAGAAGGAGUUACGAGAAUGGAAAUCACAGCUAUUGCCGAGGAAACAGGUAAAUUUCUUAAUAUAAUGUGCUACGUAGAAA